AUGGGAAACGAUAAUAAAGAUAAUGGUUGGCUUUCUCCAGCAGAACAACAUCGUUAUCAACGUGGGGCGGCUUUUUGGAAUAAAGUUCAUUUCCCUCACAAUAAUAAUAAUAAUAAUAAUAAUAAUAAUAAUAAUAAUAAUAAUAAUAAUAAUCAUCAUCAUCAUAAUAAAGAAAAAGAAAAAAAAGAAGAAGAUGAUGAUUCAUUAGCAUUUCUUCAACCUCAACCUAUUGGAUUACGUGGAAGUGAUAUGUCUGGUACUUCUUUUCAACAUACACCACUCCGUUGUGGUCAAAGUCCACUUGGUUGGAUCUUUUCACAUUUUAUAGGUGCUGUUUAUCGCGUCUUUGGCUCUUCUGCAGCUCAACAAGUUCUCUUAUCUAUAUAUGGAUCUCUAAAUGUUAAUCUUCCAGGUAAGGCAAUAGAGUUAUUACUACGUACAUUAGAACACUUUCCUACAGUAAAUGUAGCGGAAGCGAUACUCGCCGCACAGGGACUUUCACAUCAUAUAGUGGCAGAAACUAGAAUCUUAUCAGAUGAACCAAUGCCAAUGGAAACUCAUAAUAAUAAUAAUAAUACUAAUAAUAAUAAUAAUAAUAAUAAUAAUAAGGAUAAUAAUAAUAAAGAGAAGAAGGAGGAAAAGACGGAUUUAACAGAAGCAGUAGUAGUUUGUAGUGGACCCAAUACAUCUUCUUCUUCAUCUAUACAAUCAUCUUCACAAUUAUUAUCA